AUGCAACCAAAAUUCAAUUCACACAUUACACUUGCAGUUAUUUUAGUACUAGUAGUACUACUGUUGACUAUUAAUCCAACGAGGGCUCAUAUUUCAUGGGGAAAAUGUAAAGAUACCAUCAAGGCCAUGGAAAACUUUCAAUUGGCUCAAUUUACAGGAAAUUGGUUAGAAAUAGCCAAGUACAGAAAUUAUUACGAAAGAGGAGUUUGUCAAAAAAUAGAUUUCACAAUUAAUCCAAACAAUACAACUCAAAUUCUUGUCAAUGCCUCAGAGUAUAGGAAGGGGUCCUCUCGUUCUAUGAAUGCUACAGCAAGUGCAAUUUCUUCCGAUACUCCUGCUCAAUGGAUUCUCUCAGUAAAUGUUACUAGAAAGUGUAAGAAGAAACUAAUUCAUUACACAAUUGAAACUCCACUCAUGGUAUUAGAUACAGAUUAUUCAAAUUAUGCAAUUCUCUACUCUUGUAAGAAUACUAAAUUUGAACUUUUUCAUAAGGAAUAUUUGUGGAUUUUGGGAAGAAGAAUUGAUAGCAUUUCUGAAACAAUGAUGAAUGAUUUAUUUAACAAACUGAAAGAUUUAGAAAUUUCUAGAAAGUAUAUAAUGUUUUCAAGACAAAACUAUUGUUCAGUAAGAAGAAGAGGAAAGAAAGAUGAUUAA